GACCAAUCAGAACAAUCCACGAAAAAUUAUAUUUGGUUAUAAAGAGUGGAGAAACAGAUAGGACGAUUGAAUUUUGCAAGGAAAAGUUGUAUUCGUUUUAUUCUUAUAUUUGAAAGAUUUUUCUGUGAAUGAUUUCUUGAAAGAAAUUGUAAACUCAUUGUCUUAUUUUGCUAAGUAAAAUGCAAGAAUUUUUAGGUAUUUUGCUGUUAAUUUCUGGAGCUCAUUGUUUGUACUCCAAUUCAGAUGUCGUAAAUCUAAAACCAAACAAUUUUGACAAUUUGGUAUUAAAUAGUGAUAAUAUAUGGGUUGUGGAAUUUUUUGCACCAUGGUGUGGACAUUGUCAAAUGUUGACACCUGAAUAUAACAAAGCUGCAACUGCACUAAAAGGUAUUGUAAAAGUUGGUGCAAUAAAUGCAGAUGAACAUAAAUCUCUUGGAGCAAAAUAUGGAAUACAAGGUUUUCCUACGAUUAAAAUCUUCGGUAUUGAUAAUAAACCAGAAGAUUAUAAUGGACCAAGAACUGCAGCAGGAAUUGUUGAUGCUGCUUUAAAUGGAGCUGGUCAAAAAGCACGUAGAAUUUUAGGAGGAAAAAGAAGUACUGGAGAUUUUAAGUCUAAAGAUUCUAAAGAUGUAAUUGAAUUAACAGAUGAUAAUUUUGAUAAUAUAGUAAUGAAUUCAGAUGAUAUGUGGUUAAUUGAGUUUUAUGCACCAUGGUGUGGUCAUUGUAAAAAUUUAGCUCCUAUUUGGGCAUCUGCAGCAUCAGAGCUUAAAGGUAAAGUUAAAUUAGGAGCAAUUGAUGCUACUGCAAAUAGAAUAAAAGCUAGUCAAUAUGAAAUAAAAGGAUAUCCUACUAUUAAAUAUUUUGCACCUGGUAAAAAAUCUACUGAUUUUGUGCAAGAAUAUGAUGGUGGUCGCACAAGUAGUGAUAUAGUAAAUUGGGCAUUAGAGAAAUUGGCAGAAAAUGUUCCAGCACCAGAAGUACUUCAAAUUAUAAAUGAAAAGGGUUUAAGAGAAGUAUGUGAAAAUAAACCGUUAUGUGUUAUAUCCGUUUUACCGCAUAUUUUAGAUUGUCAAUCAGAAUGCAGAAAUGGCUAUUUAAAAAUAUUAAAUGAACUUGGAGAAAAAUAUAAACAAAAAAUGUGGGGUUGGGUUUGGACUGAAGCUGGUGCUCAACCUCAUAUCGAGGAAGCAUUAGAAAUUGGAGGUUUUGGUUAUCCAGCAUUAGCAGCUGUAAAUAUAAAGAAAAUGAAAUAUUCUUUAUUAAAGGGUAGUUUUUCAUAUGAUGGUAUAAAUGAAUUUUUACGAGAUUUAAGUUAUGGACGAGGAGGUACAGCUCCUUUAAAAGGAGCUCAAUUACCAACAAUUCUUGAAACUAAAUCGUGGGAUGGUAAAGAUGCUGAACUUCCACAAGAAGAAGAAAUCGAUCUUAGUGAUAUAGAUCUUGAUGAAAAGGACGAACUGUAAUUAUAAAAUUUAGUGUUUCUCUGAAACAAACGCACUUUCAUAUACAUAUAUUAAUAAAGUAAUUCGAUAUUUAUUUUUAUAUAACAUUAUUAUCAGUUAAUAUACUAUGUAUGUAUUAAUGUAUACUGAUAAUCAUUAUCAUUAUUUUUAUCAUGUUAUAAAUUUCUUUUGUAUUGAAAUAAACUUCUUAGGAAGUUUAAAUAUGUUAGUUAUGAGUGUUUAAACAAUAAUUCUUCCAUUGAAGCCAAGUUUACAAAAUUUAAUUUAUUAUUCAUUCCAUCAGAACCAUAUAUAAUUUAUUUCAAAUAAAAUUAAAUUUAAAAGUUUAAUUUUUAUUAUAUAAAAAUAAAAAAUUAUUUGUACAUUUUUAAAGUAAUAAUUGAUAAUAGAUAAAAUUUAUAAUAAAAAUUAACAUAUAUACAAUAUGUAUUUAAACAAAAACUUUUUUAUGAGAAUAUUAUAAAUUUAAAAUAAUUACUGGUAAUAUAUAACAUAUCAUUAUGCAUUCCAUAAAAUAUUUUUGGUUCUCCCUAAUAUGGGACCAAAAUAAAAAAAAGCAAUUAUAAAUUUAAACAUAUUUAGACCAUGCAUUAUUAUUUUUAUGUUUAUGUAAGAUUUCAUUGUUUGACUGAGUUAUACAGGUCUUCCAUCAUGAUUAUAUAGAAAUAAAUUUUAUAUUCUUCUCUAUGUAAAAGAUUAUAAUAUAUAAAAUAUGUUUAUUGUAUAUGAAUAUAAAAUAUUAUCUUAUCUAAAUUUAACUAAUUGUAAUCUUAGUUUAUGUUUUUAUUAAAUAAAUUCUACCAC